AUGUCAUAUAAUAACAAUGGACGAAAAUUGAAUAUGAAUCAAUUGCAAGAACUUCGGCAAGCAUUUGACUUGUUUGAUUCAGAUCGUAGUGGAGGAAUCUCGAUCAUCGAAUUGAAACAAGCACUUUCGGCAUUGGGCGUGAGCAUAAACGAUCAAGAGGCUAGACAAAUGUUCUUAGCAAUUGAUGCAGAUAAAAAUGGUCGAAUUGAAUUCAAUGAAUUUGCUGAGAUUGUCGCAGAUUUUUACUUUAAAAAACAUUCACGUGCGGAGAUUCUCGAAGCAUUCAGACGAUUCGAUCACAAUCGUGAUGGAUUUAUCGAAGCCGAUGAACUGCAGAACAUCUUAAGUCAAUUGGGAAGAAGUUUUUCUAAAGACGAAAUUCGUCUUAUGAUCGAGAAGGUCGAUCGCGAUGGCAAUGGAAAGAUUUCAGUUGAGGAAUUCGCUGCGCUGAUUGAAAGAGAAUGUUGA